ACUACGACUGCCGGCGUGCCACGAGCCCGAAGGCCGGAAGGGCCCGGAUCCGGAACCGGAUGUGGCUUGGUGCUCCGGGGCGGAGCGCGGGGAAAUGGCCACGGGGACAGACCAGGUGGUGGGACUCGGCCUCGUCGCCGUUAGCCUGAUCAUCUUCACCUACUACACCGCCUGGGUGAUUCUCUUGCCGUUCAUCGACAGCCAGCAUGUUAUCCACAAGUACUUCCUGCCCCGAGCCUACGCCGUUGCCAUCCCCCUGGUUGCUGGCCUCCUGCUGCUCCUGUGUGUGGGACUGUUCAUCACCUACGUGAUGCUGAAGAACCAGAAGGUGACCAAGAAGCCUCAGUGAGGGCCCCCCCGCAGGGGUGAGGCUGCCGACCCCUUCUCUGCCUCCCCUCUUGGGCACACCCAGGGCGGGGCCCGCAGCACCCAUCCGCGCACUGCAGCCCCCUCAGGCAUGGCUGCCCUGCAGACGCCCCCAGGGAUGGAGCUGUUCAGGACUCGCCCCUGACUGACCAGAACCCCCACCUCUCCCCUGCUCACCCUUCCAGACCAGGAGGAAGUACCUGGAAGUCUCCCUCUCCUCGUUCUGGCUCAGGGUCUGAAAGAUGCCCACCUUCCCUACCUCACCUCCAGACCCCUGCCACUCUUUCCUCUGGGUUCUACCCUCUUGCCUCAGUCUCCCUCCUGACACUUGCUGAUGUUGGAAUUGGCAGGUUCUGAACCAUCACAUAGCCUCCACCACCCCCCCCCCCCACCCAUGUCCUUUUCCUCCACAAAGAUAGCUUUCCCGGGUCUGAUGGGGCCUGGGGCCCCACAGGACUGCUGGACCUGGAAAGCCUAGGGGGAGGACAGACCUGCCCCCCGACCGGGACCAGGCUUCAGGGCACACUGAGAUGGUCCCCACGGGCCCCCAGGCCUACUGCUCAUGGAGGCCCAGCCCCUCGGCCCCAGCGCUGGCCUGCUGGGGAGCUGGACAAUAAAUGUUGAUGACGUGUU